AUGACGAGCAUCUUGCUGACCGCUGUUUUCCGCAAAUUCGCGACCUCAAGUCAGAACCUUGACAUCAUGUUCAAUCACAUUGAUCGCGCCAUCACCGUCCUUCAAGCCAUGGAAGAAUGCAUGGUUGCAAGGAACGCCAUUUGCAUCAUCAAGCGUGCUCUUGCCCGCGCAAAGGGCGUGGAGCAGCCAGUCUUGAAGCCUGAAAGUUCUAGUACCAUACUGAAAUCACAGAAUAUCUUUGGGGCCUCGGCAUUGAACUCUGCAAGUCUGAGUAGCCCGAUAAAUUUUGAUACUGUGCUUCCAGCCGUUGGAGACGAAGCUGACAUGAGCGAGGGUGUUGAAUAUUGUUUUACAUGGCUUGGUAACAAUCCUAACCCUUUUGAUGAUUAUCAGCAGGCCCUUUUCUGGUCAACCUGGGGUCAAGAAGUUGACUUGCUCGGAAAAUAG